UUUAAACAAAUUCAAUGUUUCUUUAGCCAAGAGAAUAAAAACAAUUAUCGUAUACGAAAGUCUCUUGUUAAGUAAGAGCAGUAUUUUCCAUAAUUUGCACAAAUAUUAUUUUUAUUCCAAAAUCAUUAUAGUUCGCUGAUUACAGGUAACAACGCCAUAAUUUCAUAUACCGUGGCAUAAGUAUCCAUCAUGUCGAACCGCACUUUGAUGGUCACCAUGACUCGUGGUUAUACUGGGACCGCCCCACGUUACUAUGGCAUCCAUAGCCAUAACAGUUUUAAUUCACAAUCAUAACAGACUUGUUAUAAAUCAGUGUUUCUGUGAACGGACUGGUGGAUUGGUCUCGUUGGGUUUGUUUGAAAUUUCGACGUUCAUAUUAAUAACAAGCUCAAUUUAUCAAUCUCUCAACGGUAUUAAGCUCAUCUUUUACUCCUUUAUUAAACUCGUUCGUGUUUUGUUUUUUUUGAAUUGUAGUUGAAUUAUUUCGUAGAAAGUGAAACAUAGAGAAUCAAACUGGGCCAAUGCAUGGACAAAACUGUUAUCGAAAAAAUUCAAAAAGCGAAGUGUUAUAAUUGAUUACAUUAGCAUUAAGCCACCAAUAUACAAGACGUUUGUAUAACAUUUUUUUCACAAUGGGAUGGCUUAUAAAUUCAAUCGUUUUGUGUUUAAUUAUUAGCAACGCGGCCGCUCGAUCUAAAAGCAAGAUGCCGACUCAACCGAUCAAGUUGUAUUACUUGCCGCCUUCGCCACCAUGCCGCUCCGUGAUGAUGGUCGCCAGAGUCUUGGGGAUCGAUCUAGAUCUGGUCGUGACGAACAUCAUGGAAGGGCAGCAUAUGACACCGGAAUUCCUUAAGAUGAAUCCGCAACACACAAUACCGACUAUGGAUGACAGCGGGUUUAUUUUAUGGGAGAGUCGCGCAAUCUUAGCAUACUUGGUCAACGCAUACGGUCGCGACGACUCUCUAUACCCUAAGAAUCCUCGUCAACGCGCCAUUGUUGAUCAGCGACUUAACUUUGAUCUUGGAACCCUGUAUGCCAGAUACAUAGGAUUAUACAUGCCUAUGCUGUUUCGUGGUGAAGAAUAUAACGAGGAAAGUGCUAAUAAGUUAAACGAGGCUUUGGGAUGGCUAGAUGCAUUCCUGGAUGGUCGAGCAUUUGUUGCUGGGGACAACUUGACUAUAGCAGACAUUUCUAUAGUUGUCACCAUGACUAAUUUAGAGGCGUUUGGCUACGACUACAGCGCCCAUGAAAACGUCUCGAAAUGGUUCGAGCGGACCAAGAAGGCGUUGGAACCUUAUGGCUAUCAAGAAAUUGAUGUCGCUGGAGCACAGAUCUUAGCAUCUUUCUUAAAGAAAGAGUAACGUAGAUAUUAGUAUCGAUUACAUUAAAUAUCACGGAAACACAGGUUUUAUUAUUCGUUGUUUUAUUGUUUGUUUAUUAACAUUAUAAAGAUAUUAUGUAACUG